AUGAUGGAUGAGGCGAACACUGACGAAGGCGAAGUCCUCACAGGGGCUGAACUCUUUCACUACUUGAUUAAACGAAAUGAGGAACAACUGUUGGAAUGCAAAAGAAAGAUAAAGGAAUACAUAAAACUCCGGGAUGUGUUGCAGAACCUCACGGACAGAUGUCGACUGCCUGUGCUCGCUCCAGUAGCGGGUGGAAUGGCAUACUUUGAAUCUACUAUGGAUUACACAAACAAUAUUCUCGUACUUCUUGGUGAUAGCUGGUUUGCAGAGCGGAGUGCAAAGCAAGCACGUGAAAUCGCCGGUCGUCGUCUCGAAUUUCUUCAACAAGAAGAAGUCGCUCUCGUUGCGGAGGGAAAAGCGUUAAUGGAGCGACAAAGUCUUUUUCUCGCAGAGAUCCCAAACGCGGAGCAGGCAAUGGCAGAGGUGGAGGCUGUGAAGGCUAAUGCUAUCCAUGGCAAUAAGGGGAAAGAGAGAGAGAGUGUGGAAGUCUCUUCUCGACCUGCGGCAUCCACAGUUGUGCCUUCUGAUGCUCCAAUGGCCUCAGUGCCGUCAAGGACGGAUGAGAUGUCUCUCUUGAUGGGAUUGGAGAAUGAGGAUUUGGCGGUAAUUGAUGAACUCGAUCAAUUAACCGAGGAAGAACUAAUACAGAUUGAGGAGGAGUUGGGAGACAGAAUUGAGGAUGAUGAAUUGGUGGAGCGGAUCAUGACAGAAAGACUGAUAGCUAAAAAAGAGAAACGCGUACAGGAGGAACUGCGAAGGAGACAGGCAGGGGAAACACAAUUGUCUACAAAAGCAACAACAACUAUACCACAAACAGAGAAGGAGGAGAAACAGAAGGAGAAGAAAUGUUUAACGGCUACAGAAGGAGUAUUCGGUACACCUGGGGAUAUAGGACGAGUUGCUGCCUCUGUGGUUUCUAGCGUUGCGAAGAGCAAUUCAGAUGAAGUGAGUACUGUGAGUUCCUCUAAUCGCCGUGUUAAAUUUAGUGAUGUUGUGCAGUUUGUUCCUCCAGAUGAGCCCGCUGUGGCGGUGAAGUAUCCUCUAACAACAUCAACAACAACAACAAUAACAGAGAAAAUAGUAGAGAAAUCAUCUUCCACUGGUUGUGUUCUCGGGGAGGUGGUGGAGCACGAUGUGAUGGACUCGUUAUCUCUCAAGUCUACUGGUGGUUCUGUAAACGUUAGUUCUGCAGCCAAAAAGAAGAAGUCUCUUUUUCGAAGCGAGUUAGAAAAAGGUACAGAGUAA